AUGAUUGAGUCGUACGGAUACCCAGUGGAAACACACGUUGCUCAAACUGCAGAUGGAUAUCUUCUUACCAUGCAUCGAAUUCCUUAUGGCCGAGCCCCGGGUGCGGGACCAGCGCCAAAUAAACCCGUGGUUUUCCUUCAACAUGGACUGCUGUGCUCCUCCGCGGACUGGGUGGUAAUUGGACCCUCACGAGCGCUUGCUUACCUUCUCGCCGAUGAAGGAUACGAUGUUUGGAUGGGAAAUGCAAGAGGAAGCACCCAUUCAAGAGCUCACAUCACUCUCAAUCCAGACGGUUUGUUAGAUCGUUAUGAAUUCUGGAAUUUCAGUUGGCACGAGAUUGGCGUGUAUGAUCUUCCUGCGAUGAUUGACUACACUUUGGAAGCGACAGGGCAGAUUAAACUGAGCUAUGUUGGACACUCCCAGGGCACAACAUCUCUGUUUAUCAUGCUUUCUCUUCGUCCCGAGUACAAUAACGUCAUCAAAUCAGCUCAUGCUUUGGCUCCAGUUGUCUUUUUGAAGAAUCUGAAAAGUCCCCUUAUUCGGGCUCUUGCUCCGUUAGUGGAUACUGUAGAUACUUUGACAAAGUUGCUUGGAACGAGUGAGCUCUUGCCCAGCACCGAGCUGAUGCAGUUAGGAGGAGAAUUGGCCUGCAGAGAUGGAUCGCCUUUCCAAGAAGUGUGCGCUAAUAUGUGGUUCCUUAUGUCUGGAUAUGAUUCAGAACAAUUAAAUCGGACACAACUUCCUGCUAUCAUGCAUAAUACACCUGCUGGGUCUGCAGUUCGCCAACUAAUCCACUAUGUACAACUCCACAAAUCUGGUCGCUUCAGACAAUUUGAUCACGGGUUACUUGGCAAUAUAGGAAAAUAUGGCUCCAUCAGUCCUCCAGAUUAUCCUCUAAGUCAAAUCACAGCUCCUAUUGCUCUUCACUUUGGUGACAAUGAUUGGUGGGCGGCUGUUGUUGAUGUAGAAAAUCUACGAAGUAAACUCCCAAACGUUAUUGAAUAUUACAAUGUGCCAUUGGAUGCUUUCAAUCAUAUUGACUUCCAGUGGGCCAUCGAUGUCAAACUCUUGGUUUAUAAUAACCUCUUAAAUAUAAUUCGCAUGUACGAUAAUUGA